AUGAGCAGAUUAAGAUUUGAUGAUGUUGGAACUGAACAAAACAAUAUGAAUAGCAGUGAUGGUGGCAAUGGCAACGAUGACCAACAACCAAAGAAGAAAGGAAUGAUUACCACUGAAUUCAAUAUAAAGAAACAAAUGGCUGCUAGUAUAAUGGGUGGUAUGGUGACCGCAAUGGUUGUUACACCACUCGAUGUUGUAAAGACAAGAUUACAAACCCAGAUUGAUAUAAAGGCACCUACCUCAUCUGCAUCAACAUCAUUUAAUUUUGCAACUUCAACUGCUUCGUCAUCGUCAUCAUCAACCAAAUCAUUUAAAGGUACAAUGGACGCAUUCGUACAAAUCACCAAACAUGAAGGAAUAUUCACUCUUUGGAGAGGUUUAACUCCAUCUCUUUUAAUGACAAUUCCUUCAACGGCAAUAUAUUUUACAACCUAUGAAUAUUUAAAACAAGAGGCAAAUCAAUUAUACCCAAAUAUAAAUAAUGUAUAUAUGAUCCCUUUGGUAACGGGAUCACUGGCUCGCGUCAUAUCGGCAUCUGUUACCUCUCCAUUUGAAUUGGUGCGAACUAAUUCCCAAGGUAUCAUUAAAAAGAAUCUAAAGUUGGUACCACUCAUCAAAGACAUUGUCAACAAUGUAGGAUUCACUGGAUUGUGGCGUGGACUAGUUCCAACUUUAAUUCGUGAUGUUCCUUUUUCUGCUUUUUAUUGGGCUGGUUAUGAAAUUGUAAAGAAUUUUAUAUAUACAAAUUAUAAACCAGAACAUCAAACCAUAUCACCAUUUUUAGUUAAUUUUUCAGCUGGUGCAAUGUCUGGAUCAAUUGCUGCCAUUCUAACAACACCAAUCGAUGUUAUUAAAACUAGAGUUCAAAUGACCGUACAAGGAGGAGGAGGUCAUUCUUCAACAACAAAUGCAUCAACAAGUUCCACAACAACAGGAAGACUUUUCAAUCAAGCAAGAUCAAUCAUUCAAAAUGAAGGAUGGGGAGGAUUUACAAAAGGAAUGAUACCAAGAGUUGCAAAGGUAGCUCCAGCAUGUGCUAUUAUGGUUUCAACUUAUGAAUGGGUUAAAUCUGUAAAUUUACCUGAACAACAACAACAACAAUAA